AUGGAGUGCAUUUCAUUCUACUUAAAUAAAGUUUUAAUAUUCGGCUGCGUGUUUUCACUUUAUUUAUUGCCUUCAAUUUUGGCACAAAUACCAAAUUGUGAGUUCCACGAUACUGUCAACAUAACUGGAAGUUCUCGUUUCGCCAACGGUUCCUAUUUGCAUGAUGGAGUAAUUAUACCACCUGAACUCAUCGGCGAAUAUAGUAUUGAGGUGCUGUAUAAGGGUCAUGAAUUGCCUGUAGAGAAGCAUAUACGUGGUUGCAUCUGUAAACUAAGAACUUGCGUUAAAUUUUGUUGUCAUCCACCACAAACAAAAAUAAAGGACCUAAGAGAAUGUGAGACCGGAAUAGAGAAUGAACUUGAACUGUCACCUUACGUGAAUAUUACUUUUAAUAAUGGUACGGAAAAGAGUAUACCCGUUUUAGAAGAAUUUUCUAUUGUAGUAGGAAUACCAUGUCAUAAUGCUUACAAGUUAAUACCAGACGAUCCCGACGAUGAAUGGAAAUUAUAUGAGAACGGCACGAUGAAGCGCUUAUAUGACAAUGCUAUUCUGUCAAGACGUGAUUACUGCUUAGCACCACAUAACAGAAGUGAUGUGUACUCAUUCACUCCAAUGAAUUGUCCAAAUGCUGUUGUAGAGCCAGAUAAUCUAUUCGUCGACAGUGUAGCAAUGCUAAUAUCCAUACCUUUUUUUGUGUUGACAAUUUUGGUGUAUGCAUGCCUACCGAAGUUAAGGAAUUUGCAUGGGAAAUGCCUAAUAUGCUACUUAAUUUCUUUAACAUCUGGAUAUAGUCACUUGGUAAUGAACAACUUUUACAGCACAUCUUAUAGUGAUUUCAAAUGUACUUUUUUGGGAUUUACGGGUUAUUUCUCCUUUAUGGCUGCAUAUUUAUGGUUAAAUGUGAUAAGUAUUGAUCUUUGGCAUAAUUUUCGACUUAUCAACUGUAAUGUAAAUCGUUAUAUUAAAAACAAACGCUUUACUGUUUAUUCUCUUUAUGCUUGGGGCAUGGCUGGAGCUCUAACGUUGUUAACUCUUAAGGCACAAUAUUCUGAUUUUGAUUAUAGUUUAAAGCCUGGGAUUGGUGAUCAGUUUUGCUGGGUUAAACACGACGAUUGGUCAGCUAUGAUAUACUUUUAUGGGCCGAUGAUGCUACUAAUAUUCUUCAAUAUAAUUAUGUUUUCACUGAUAUCAAUUAAUAUUUAUAAUGUUAAAAAGGGAUUAAAACAUUUUGCACAUAAUGAAAACAGUGAAAAGUAUCUACAAUCGCAAAAGGAGAAGUAUGUUUAUGAAAGCCAUUAA